UAAAACUCACCGUCUCAUUUUUCAUUGCAGCACGUUUGCAUGGACUGCAAGAAAAGCUACUGUAGUCACUGCUUCACUCCACAGGACCUCCAGCCAUGGCUGUGCCACACCUGCCAGCGUUUCCGGGGCAUCCUGUUCGAGCGAGCCGAGCUGAUGAAGCUCAAGGUAAAGGAUCUGAGAGACUACCUCCACCUGCACGAGAUCCCCACGCAGAUGUGCCGCGAGAAGGAGGAGCUGGUCGAUCUGGUUCUGUGCGUGUCAGAUGUGUCGCCUACAUCUGAUACGCACAUUCCUCCACCCCCAGUGACCACCCAGGAACCUAACACUCCAAUCAUAACCGUGAGCCCAUCGACGGACAAUGGCACAACAGAAGUGGGGCCUCAGACUCAAGCAACAGAAGAUGGACAGAGCUUGGCUGAGGCGACAGCUGAAAGCGAGAUGGACGCUGAGCUGCAGGUGGAGCAGGAGUUGCAGUCUUCAGACUCUGAGGAAGUGCUGGCUCCGGGGCGACGGGCGUCUCUCUCUGACCUCCGAUCAGUGGAGGACAUUGAGGCUUUGAGUGUCCGGCAGUUGAAGGAGAUUCUCGCCAGGAACUUCGUCGACUAUAAGGGCUGCUGUGAGAAAUGGGAGCUGAUGGAGAGAGUCACGCGUUUGUACCACGACCAGAAGGACCUGCAGAACAUGGUGUCUAAUGCCACAGAAGGCACAGACGCCGGACCUGGGACGGCCGUGGAGGAGAACCUGUGUAAGAUCUGUAUGGACUCACCCAUUGACUGUGUUUUUUUGGAGUGCGGACACAUGGUCACAUGCACAAAGUGCGGCAAGCGCAUGAAUGAAUGUCCGAUCUGCCGGCAGUACGUGGUGCGGGCAGUGCACGUGUUCAGAUCCUGAACAACUGGAUCCAUUUUCCAUUCACAACUCACCGCUAUCUCACAGUCCUUCCCUCCAGCAACGGAUACUAUAGAAAACUGUCAGGUGGCCUUUAAUUCUCGCACAAUUAUCUUGCGGCACUUUAAACGAAUGUGCAGAUCUCCGAGCAAUAACUGAUUUCAUUCUUCAAGUAACUUCAAAGUGUGCCUUCUGGAUGUUUUAAAGAGGAAGCUUUAUUUUUGAUCAUGGGAUUAUGUCAAGUGUUAGUUGACACAAAUCAAUGCAACAUAAAUGCCUGUUUCUGCCAUUUCCCACAUUAGUAAACAAUGAAAGGAUCGUGUGAUCGCACACAGACAGCAUCUUCUGAAAGCAUGUAAGUGCCUCGCAAUGCACUGCCUUGGGGCUUCUCACACACCCGGUUUAAAAACAAUUUUUUUAUAAUCCUUUCUUUUUAAACCCCAAAUACUGGAACUCGGGUUUAAUCUACCACCACCAUCCAGACUGACACUGUGAAAUGUACAGGAAUAAACAGGAAUGAGACUUGUCACACAAGUCUUGUCAGAUCUUAAGUCUGUUGAUUCAUCUCACAUGAGCGAAUGCAAAUAGUCUAAAUUGCUGACGUUUAUGUGUGAGACGGACAAAUGUGUGGAAAAGAGUCACGUUGGAUCAAACUGAUCCUCAUUACAGCCUUGUCCAACUUCUCACAAAAUCCCACAACAAUCUCACGAAACCUGUCCCAAUCAAAAUCGUGAGGAAAACGACGGUCAAGAAAAUGUUUUAAUGCAGAAAAACCUGAAUGAUCCAACAAAUGAACUUCAGUUUCUUUAUCCAAAAUUUUUUAAAUUUUCGGUGUGAAAUAUACGUUGCCCCACACAUGAUAUGCAAGGGGAAAAAAUAUUGUAUUUACGUUGUACUAAUUUGUUCCCACAUUUCAGUAAAUUGUGGCCACAUACAAAUUCAUUACCUUGUUUUGGCCAUGUUGUACUAAAUCAAUCCCUCUUCUUAGUAAAUUGUGGUCAUGUUGUAGUAAUUUGUUCCCUUGUUUGAGUAUUUUGUGGCCACGUUGUAAUAAUUCGGUCCACUGUUUUAGUAAAUUUUAGUACUAUUCCCUCGUUUUAGUAAAUUGUAGUGACAUUGUACCACUUUUUAGUAAAUUGCAACCACCUUGUACUAAUUUGUUCCCUCUUUUUAGUAAAUAAUAGUCAUAUUGUAGUAAUUUGUUCCUUU